AUGGUCCUGCAGGACAUCAGAAGCACAGACGAGCGACAGCUACAGGAGAUCGCCGAUGUUCUCGCAGGUUCGCACAAGGUAAUCGUCGUUACUGGUGCAGGAAUCAGUACAAGCUGCGGCAUACCGGAUUUCCGUUCCAAGGAUGGACUAUACAAUAUUAUUCCAGAGCAAGCUAUGCUACCAACUCCUCCCUCCUCACAGCCUGCUACUCCCACCUUGAAGCGGACCAUUUCCCUGAUAGAAGAGGAGGAUUUCCCCUCAUCGCAAACUUCUACAACAUCAACAUCUUCGCGCCGAUCAUCUGCGAGUCCAUCGUCCAAGUUGAGAGGACAGGAUCUUUUCGACUCUCGAGUGUUUCAGAACGCCGCAUCCACCACCGUCUUCUACCGAUUCAUCGCUUCGCUACGACAAAAGAUCCGCGACGAAGUCAAAGCUACAAGCUCCGUCCACAAGUUUCUCAGAGUCCUUCGUGACGGUGGGAGGUUGAUGCGCUGCUACACACAAAACAUUGAUGGACUAGAGCGACGGGAAGGCUUGGUGACGGAUCUCACGCGUGGAAAGGGAAACAAGCGUCGGUUCAUGAAGAAACACUACGAAGUUCCUCGCCCCAGCCAUGCCCAAGGUACCGACUUCGACGGUGGAUGUGAAGUUGUCCAGCUCCAUGGAGAUCUGGAGAAGCUUCGGUGCACCAUGUGUGCCGCACAUUACGAGUGGACAGAUGAAGAGACGGAGAUCUACCUGGAAGGCGCGGCACCAAACUGUCAGAAAUGCAAGGCAAAAAGUGAAGAUCGAAAAGCGAGUGGAAAACGCGGUUUGGCCAUGGGGUGUCUGCGACCAAACAUUGUCUUGUAUGGAGAGGAUCAUCCGUCUAACAGUCUGCUGACACCUCUGAUUCCAUUCGACGCCAGCUGCCAGCCGGAAGUGAUGAUCAUCAUGGGAACGUCUUUGAAGGUUUUUGGUCUUCAGAAGAUAGUGCGGGAAUUUGCGAAAUCUGUUCAUGCGCAUAAGAACGGGAAGGGUAGGGUGAUAUUUGUCAACAGGACUCGUCCAGCCGAUAGCGUUUGGGAAGGGAUCAUUGACGAUUUCGUUUCCAUGGAUUGCGAUGAUUGGGUUGAAGAUUUGAGAACGCGUCGAUCAGAUUUGUGGCUUCGACAAGGUGAAAUCGACAUGACCAUCAAGAAAGCGUCGCAGCCCAGAAAGAAGAGGAAGUCAGUGGCCGAAGGUGGUGAAGUUGAGAAUAUGCCGACGAAGAAGGCAAGAAUCACGGUGGAGAUUCCUCGAUUGAUUCAUCCCUUGCCCCGAAAGCCUCUUCAAAAAUCCACGCCAAAUUUGUCGACACCCAGCAAGUCUAGAUUCGGUGUGGCUGAUGUAGCAAGGAAGAUGCUAUCCCCACUUGCUCAGGCCAAACGACCACCAAUGUCGCCGCUGACCAGUCCUGUUCGACCAGAUGACGAGGAUGGGAUGUCUAGAGAACGAAGGUUGCUCUCUCCGCGCGUCCAAGUUAAGCGACCAUCCUUUUCACCGCUGACCAGCCCGGUGAAGCCAGAUAACGACGAGGAUACUUGUGGACGACGGAGCCCGGCGCAUAGAAUUACUCCUUUGACACCUAUGUUUUCACCUAUCGCACCCGCGGAUCAUGCAGGCAGCACAUUAAAGAUACAGGUACUCCCAGAUGAAGUGAUGGAAGAUGAGACCAUCAUGAUCGACGAAACACCCACACAAGAGGGGAAAAUAGCCCUUGCAUUGAAGAAGCCCACAAAGACACCAGGACCUCGAAUCUCACCCAAGACGCAGAAAAUGAAAGACGGCCGUCGACUGGGGUUGGGAGCACAGCUUUGGGAAUACAUAACGGACGAGCGCUCAUCAUCACCAUACUCACCAGCAUCCGAACACUUUGAGGGCGAUGUUGAGGGCGAGGGUGAUAUCGAGGACGAUAUGAUCGUCGUCAAUACACCGUCGAGAGGACCCAAAGGACGGAAAAUUGAUGUUUUUUGCCAAAUCAAGGCGCGUUGA